AAACAAAAAAAACCCACUAGACGAAUUAUUAGUUUUGUUUGUUUUUAUUUUUUAUGUGAAAACAAAACGUUCUUAGAGUGCCAUAAUUGUAUUAUUCUAUUAAUAAUAUAAUUUAACAACAUCAGGUGUUCCGUUGGAUUUGAACGAUGCAAACCGUAAUUCACACAGAACACAAUGACAAUUCGUCGUUCAACGAUUAUGAGGAAUCGAUUAUGUUCGACGAAGACGAUCCCGAUUUCGUACCAAACGACGAAACCGAGUACAGCUGUCAGAGUAUGUACAGAUGUUUACAAAAAGAGAAUCCUAUUAGCAGCGAUAAUAAUAAUAUGUCAUUGACCGGUGUCCAAUCAAUGAGCAACCAAAACCUGAGAAAUAUCAACGACAAAAUGCUCGACAACAUUGAUCUAGUCAGCGACAUCGAACAGGCGGUCACUCUCGAAGAACUCCAAGGAGUGUUCAAGUACUGUUUCAGAUGCGGAGUGAACUGGGAGCAACACCACGUGUCGUUAGACUGUUUAGAGUGCGGGGGUUACUCGUUGGAAAGGCCUUGUCCCAUUUGUGCGGGACACUGUCGCAACGUCUGGAAACGUGAUCUUGAAGAGUCUCAUAGAAGCGGCGAGGCGAGCUGGAUAGGAGAGUGUUCGUCAAAGUGCAAAGAAAUGGGACGCGGUGACGUCAAUCAAAUGUGUAAUCGUCUGGAGAAGGUCAAAGCCACUUUCUGAAAGUCUCAAAUUUUUUUUUUCGUCUUCAGAUUUACCGAUAAAUUUAUUAAAAAGAAAAAAAAAUAACGAUUUCAUUUGAAAAUCCGUUUUUUUAUUUUAUUUUAUAGAACAACACACAAUAAAUGUGUACUGAAUCGGUAAAAAAAAAAUGUUGUAUAUAUAUAUAUAUAUAUAUAUAUAUAUAUAUUCAUAUAUUAUAACAUCACGUGCAAUGUGACCAGAGAAGAAAUAUUAUAAAUUAUAUAGGCACAAUUUCCUUGUACAUUUAUAAAUAUAUUUAAUUAUUAUUAUUAUUAUUAUCAUAAUUGGCUGUUUGUUUUCUGUGAAAAUUGUAUAAC